AUGCUUCAUUACUUUGGUACAUCUUCUAUGUGCAUAAACCAUGAUAGUACUAAACACUGGCAAGUGUCUAAUCAAUAUGAAAUUUUCGAUGAAACUGCACCAAAAUCUUCAUGCAUGAAUCAUAUAUGUUCUGAGAGUGAAGGAUUGAUCUUGAUUAUUGAAAAUAAAGAACUUGUUUGUCCUAUUAAAGGUAAAUACAUUGAUUUCAAUCUAAGAGGAAAGUACUUCGAUAUUAACGGUUCAAUCAUUUGUCCACCAUGUAGAGAUAUUUGCAAAGUACGUUGUUUUAAAUUUUUAAUUUUAUCGUAUAGUAAAUUAUAA